CGUAUAAGUGUUCGCAGUGUUACACAUGAUCGACAUACAUCACGUGAUGCCGCUUGUACAAUGAUUAUUGGACGGGAUACUGCCCACUUGGGACCAUCAGCAGUACGAGCUUCAAAUAUAACAUGCUCUUCAGCAGUCAUAUCUUGGCUUCCGGCCAAUACGAAUCAUCACCAUGUAGUAUGUGUAAACAAUGUAGAAGUGAAAAUAGUUAAACAAGGUGUAUAUCGUCAAACGAUUACUGGUCUAUCACCAAGUUCCCAAUACCGGGUCACUGUUAGAGCAAAACACUUGCGAGCUCCCGGUCAGGCACCACAGAUGCCGCCACCAGAAGAGGCACCUGGCGCUUACACAGACUUUCGCACGUUAACCAAAGGCCUGCCAGAUCCUCCACAAGAUAUUCAAGUUGAAGCUGGGCCACAAGACGGAACAUUAUUAGUAACAUGGUCAGCUGUCAAUCGACCACCUUCAUCUGGUCCCGUGACAGGAUAUGCUGUAUAUGCCGACGGAAAGAAGGUAACUGAUGUAGAUUCACCAACUGGGGAUCAUGCAUUAAUUGAUAUCGGCAAGCUGGUCGGACUGAAUCCUCGAAUGGUGACUGUUCGCACCAAAUCUCGGGAAUCCACAUCAGCAGAUAGUCAGCCAACCCUGAUUCCAAACUCCGUGCGGAAUGCAGCGAAGAAUCGUCAUCAUCAACAACAACAACAAGCGAACAUUCCACAAUCUGUACAUCCUCCUCAUAUAAGAAAUCAGCAGCAACAGCAGCACCAGCAACAUCAGCAGCAGCAACAACAAUCACAAUUACAGCGUGGUGGACAAAUGAUGAAUCAGCAUAUGAAUCAGCAACAUCCAGCCAUCAACACAAAUCAUCAACAGCAGAUUCUAGAUCAUCACGAUGAGAAUCUAAGCGAUAAGGAAAUCUUCCCAGGCUCCAUCCAUCAAGGACACAAUAUGCAGCAACGCAACAUCCACCGAAGCAAUCAAAUUCAAAAUUCACAACCGCAAAUACAGUCUCAGAUGCAGCCUCAAGUACAAACUCACUUGCAACAAAUACCACAGCGUGGGAUGAACAGCACAAAUUCACAAUCACAAAUGCAUACAAACCAAACACAACAAAUUUUAUCAAAUCAAUCGCAACAGGUACAUCAUCCACAAAAUCAACAUCAACAGUCGAAGAAAGCUCGAUAUUUCCAAGCAAUGUUUGAUUAUGAUCCUAGUACAAUGAGCCCAAAUCCAGAUGGCUGCGAAGAAGAGUUACCAUUUCAAGAAGGAGAUGUAAUUAAGGUGAUAGGUGAUAAGGAUCAAGAUGGUUUUUACUGGGGAGAACUACGAGGUCGUCGUGGUUUCGUACCGCACAAUAUGGUGUCGGAGAUGGAUGAAAAUCCAGUUGGGCCUCAAGGAGCAAACACAAGUGGAACAAUGGGAAUAGGCCGGAACACAACUGGCACAGGUAGCGGUCUUCAACAAAGUGUGCGCAACGUUAGCCGCGAACGAUGGGGUGAUAUAUAUUGCAAUAUGCCUGUGAAACGAAUGAUUGCGCUAUAUGAUUACGACCCACAAGAACUUAGUCCGAAUGUUGAUGCUGAACAAGUGGAAUUAUGUUUUAAAACUGGCGAAGUAAUUCUUGUAUAUGGUGACAUGGAUGAAGAUGGAUUUUUUAUGGGAGAAUUGGAUGGUGUUCGUGGUUUGGUACCAUCCAAUUUUCUGACUGAAGCACCUGAACAAUAUAACAAUCAGACUGGAAGUGCAAGUACAAGUGGAGUUAAUACACAGAGAAACCAAAACUCUACCAAUACUUCAUUAAAUUCAAAUCAGCGUAACAGUCAACCAUCUGGGCCAGGCGCCAGAGGACCACCUCCACCACCACGCGAAAUUGGUUCCAUAGGUGUUAGUCCAGGUAUGAUGAAUUCUGGAUUAAAUCAGUUGACUCAACGCCCAGGUCUAGGGAAUGCAGUUGGCGGUAGUUCCAUGCGAGAUGCUCGUCCUACUUCCCCUUCACUGUUAGACAACACGGGCCAUCCUGCCCACGAACACCAAUCGCAGAUGAAUCGAAGCGGGAUGGUCGGUGGUAAUAUGACGAAUCAGCAACAAAAUAUCAUGCAACAUAAACCACAACAACCUUACUCGACACAAUCGAGUGAACAACAACAACAACAACAACAACAACAACAACAGCAGCAAUCUUCUGGUAUUUUUUCCACAGCUUCAAAUCUUUUGUCUGGUGCCUCGAAUGCAGCAACUGGUGGUCUCUUUGGCAAUCGUCAAAACUAUCCUAAGGGUCCACAAGUUACACCGCAAACAGGAGGAACUAUGUCGCAACAACAACAGCAUCCGCAGCAACAAUUUAACAGUGGCAAUACUAGUGGUGGAAGUAUUUUUGGUUUCGGUAGUCAGCAAAAUCAACAAAAUCAGCAGAAUCAACAGAAUCAACAGAAUCAGCAACAUCAACAAUCAUUUAAUAAUAAUAUGCAACAAGGCGGUGGACCAGGACAGCCGAACUUAAUGCAAAAAUUAGGUGAUAUAACAGCGCCUGGUGGUGAUAUUUUAUCCAAAGGCAAGGAACUGAUUUUCAUGAAAUUCGGACUGGGAGGCAAAUAGCCUUGUUGUUUAAUAUUAUUAGUUAUAGCCAAAUGAAUUGAAGAAAACGAAUUAAACUUAAUUGAUCAAUACCGAAUAUGUAAUAUGCGAUAUCGAAACAUUCCGUACAUUUCAAACACUGAAAAUUGUUGUUGAACUAUUGUUAAUCAGUUUAAUAGAUGUUAAGUAGUGGGAAGAGUUAUUUGAUAUAAUUGUACGUCGCUUUGUUCAAAUUUACAGAAGUCUUGCAAUUUCAAUUUGAUCAUAUUAUACACUAUAUAAUUUAUGGCAAACAAAAUGUACAAUUAACCUUUAAAUUAAUGAGUCUUCAAUCGACAUCUACACACCUCCAAAAAUGAGCAGUAUGCCCAAUACAAUACAAAAAGUCUAAAUAUGAAAAAAAAUCAAGUUAUUUCCAUCAUCCAAAUCACAACAAAUACUUGUCUUUUCUUCAAAAGUGGUAUGGAUUGAUUUGUUGUAGUGAACAUUUUUUUUUGCUUUAUAACUACAAUUGUUCAAAGCCCAAACUUUCAGUUGUACUUCAUUCCAAACCAAUUUAUCUAUUAUUAUCAUUUCUACACUUUUCGCUAUCACAAAAUGAAUGAUAAAAAUUCUGAGUGCGCAGGCAUGAAUUGUUUGAGCUGCUAAACGUUUGCGAUUGAAGACAAUAGAAGAAGAGCUGUGUGUAGCAAAAUAUAAGAAAGACCAUUUCCAAUGCGUGGGGAAACGAUUGUAUACAAUUCCGAUAUCUAUGCGCGCAUCGUUAGAAUGUUUUCUCAAACAUUGGUUGACACCUAUCAAAAAAUAUUUCGACAGAGCAUUUUGUAAAACAAUGUGUUAAAACAUUCAACUCAUCCAAUAUUUGAUAUUUUUUACCAGUAAUAGAACAAUUAGUUAAACCGCUGAGAAUAAAGUAAGAGCCUUAUGAAAAAACAAACUUGCAAAGACGGGACUUGCAUCCGUCCAGCCCAAAAGAAAACUCUUCGAUGAAAUUAAAAUGCUACAAUAUAGUGAGUUCAAAAGAUUCUCUAGCGUUGUGUGAACAAUCGCAAUCCCAGAAAGGUACUCAAUAAAGUAUUUUGACAACAAACUCAUAAUUGGUUUUUGAUCAACAGAAACGGAACAUGAAUUUAAAUUGCUAGAGUUUUCACGCUCUGUGUUUUUGAGACUACAUUUUCACUGUAGUGUCUUCUUAUAUUGCACACAAAUCAAUCUUCUCGUGCCUUCAAUCGACAAUCGAAAUGUCACUAUAUAUACAUAUAUGUAUAAUAUACAUUGUAUAUGUUUUUAUGUAAAUGUACAUGCAUAUGUAUAUGUAUAUGUAUAUAUACUCUAUUCAUAAGAAUUAAUAGAAGUAAUGAACAAACGCAGAAAAAUAAUAACUGAUAUAAUAAUGCAGAAUAUUUCAAAUACUUUAAAUCAGCUUUAUCGUCAAAAUAAGAUAAAAAUUCCUCUUUACCCCGUGGCUCAGUGUCACCCCUUCAACAAAUACGUAUCUCAAACUCUAGCUUUUGGGGGGCCAAAAUGAAGUUUUUUUUCAUCUCAUUUCAUCCUCCGGAUUCUAUUUCCAAGAACUUUUCCUUCGAACAUGUUUCAUAUCUAAAUCUUCUCAGGAGUAAUCGCUUGAAAAAUAUUUGGCUAUUUUAUUAUAUAAGCUAGUCACAGUUGACAGAUCAUGUAUCGCUUUAGCAUCACUAUUCACAAAGUUGUGAUAUUUUUAUAUUCGCAUCGUAUUGCAAACUUUAUCAUCGAGUAUAACCGUUUUUGAUGCUGGAUGCACCCUGAACCAAUAAUUAUUACAAAAUUGGUACGUGAACAUAUCGGCAUCAUUUGUUUAUACUCAACUCAGAAUUUUAUAAUUAUAUGUAUCGAGUAUACUGAUAUUUUAGUUUUGCCGGAAUAAUUUAUUGGAGUAGCAAUAUCUGGGUUAUCAAUAUCGUGUGGAAACAUGUCAAUUUUGUUAGGUUGAAAUCCAUGUGAAACUUAACCUCUGGAUUUAAACUAAAAUGUCUCUAAGGCUGAUCCAAAAAUGUAUAAACUUUUUGGUGAUUCCCGGAGCUUAAUUGCUAAAUUCUAAUGAUAUUAACUUAAUUUGCUGUGGGUUUUCAUUAGUGAUAAUUUUCUCUAAUAUUAGAGAAGCUAAUAAUUUGAAAAAUGAGAAAUCCGGGAAUCACAAAAAAUUUAUAUCUUUCUUUUUGAACCACUCUAAUGUCCUUAAUGCAAGGUGUUGACAUAGAUGGUGUCAGCUUUACCUUAAAUAGUUUUGUGGCUUGCCACGUAAUAACUAACUAAAAUAAGCUAAUGGGUGCCUAAUGAUAGGCUUACCUGCCUUAAAGCAUCCACAUUAGAUUAUUAGACUUGCAGGUCUUUAUGAUCGAAGAAAAUUGUAAUCUCCAUAUACAACGUAAUCCAUACUUGUUCCGAGUUUGAAUAUUUUUAGGGAUUAUUAAUUGAACAGUUUAAUUUAUAGUAGCAUGAAGGGCUUGUUCAAAAAGAAGAACGAUUUCGAUCAAUAUAUUCAAUACGGAGAAUACAUUCCAUUUUUCUCGUGAAAAUCGAUCAAAAUCCACAUCAUACACGGAGAGAAUUGACAGUUGUCAGACGAAAUUAAAAUAAAGACGUAAAAUUGCUGAUCUGUUAAAAUACCAACCGCUCAAACCUACAAACUGGCGUUUUACAAACGUCGUCUACACAAUUUUCAGUUAUUAUUUUGUGUGCAUGUUCCUCUCUUUGGGACGGCACAAAUUCAUUAUUUUUGUGAUUUUUUUUAUUCCGCUUUUAGACUACCCUAAUGUUUUCGUUUAUGUAAUAUAAACCUGUCUACGAAAACAUUCAAACCAAAUCUACUUAUAUAAUAAAUUGCAAUAUUUCUUUGGUUUUUCAAUUCAAACAAAUUCAGUAAUGAAUCGGACAUUCUAUCUUGUGAAAGAUUUGACCCACAGUGUAUAUAUUACUAUGCAACAGCAAAAACCCGUAAAGGAAGGAACUGCCAAAAGAGAGCAAAACAUUUUUUCGACAUUUGUUGCAUAGUGUAUUUUUAACAGAGUAGUUCUUUGAAGUUCGUACUUGUGAAAUUUGGUACAAACCUUCAUAUCAUUAAUUACUAUAAAAUCAUCUUCAAAUAGUUUUAUCCAAACUCAAUGCAUAUUGUAACCGCUUAAAGAGUUGCGAAAUCCAAUUUUCAACUUGUAUAAAAAAUAGUGAUUUUCAAACUAUUUUUAUUAUUUACAACCAGAUUAUUCUGUAUUCAAAAUGAUAUAUACCCUCUAGUGCAUUAAUUUUUCCCAGGACUUGGUUGAUUUUUGGCCAUAGAUAAUUUAAAAAAUAUUCAUAAUCCUGGAUUCCUCGCGGCUUAGUCAGGAAAUGCGAUUGACAUAAAUCAGAGAACAAUCAAAUCCAUUGUUUAAAACACGAAAACCGCUUGAUGUAAACGCAUUAUUCGUGAAAAGAACCAAAUUGUAGAGGACACCUUGAAGAAUAAAAAUGCCUGCUUUUGAAGCAAUGUGAUCCGACGUACGAUUUACGAUACAGGCGUUCAAAAUUUGCCCGUAUAAAAGCGGUUGUAUGCACUAAAGGGUUAAACUAAGCAUGCCAGAUAGUGCAAUACACACACAGAAAUAAUGUUAUGAAUCUUAGUAUUAGUGAUUCUUUUGGAUUAUUUAAUUAUUAUUCUUUUUCAUGAAUCUAUACCAUAGUUCUUUUACCACGACAUAGAAUUUUUCGUUGAAGAAAAAACUUUGGUUGUGUUGGUACGAAAUUUGACAGUGACAGAAUUUUCGUUUCAGAAUUUCUAGAAAAUUCUGUCACUGUCAAAUUUCGUACCAACACAACCAGAGUUUUUUUUUCAACGAAAAAAAUUCUACACUGAGAAAAAAAUAUCUGAAAAAAUCACAGAUGUGAUUUCUGAAAAAUCUUUUCUCAGUGUAUGUAGUGGUAAAAGAACUAUGGUAUAGAUUUAAGAAAAAGAAUCACUAAUACUAAGAUUAGUAAUUUUUUUUUCUAUGUGUGUAUAGGAGAUAUGCACACAGUCUAGGAUAUAUCUACUAGUAGAUGCAAUACACACCUGUGUCCAAUUGUGUUGAAAAGUUUCAUUUUUGGGAAACGCCAGAGUUUUUGACUUCUCUUCAAAGAAGUUUCGAUAACGUAUAUAAAAACCAAUUCAUUUUCAAUAGAAACGUUGCGCUCUUUAAAAACCAUUUUUGAGCAAACAAUCAUAACUUUUCAUUUUUCGAAAAAAAUAAUUUUCUACCGGCUGUUAAAUUUGUUUUAAAGAGAGAUCGAAGACGAAUAAUUACUUUUCAUCAAUAAUUUUUCAUCAUGAUCGCUGAAAAGUAUGAAAAAUGAAGUUUUCUGCAUAGCAGACAUUUUUUUGUUAUUAAUUUAUUUAAUACUGGCAUAGUACGGUAAACCAAUUUUAUCAAGUUUUCUGCAUUUUUUCAGCUAGAAUCAAUUUUUAAUGAUGGGUUUUUGCAGUGUAAUCUUUACUUAGCCAAUACAAAAAACUAAAUUAAAAGUUAUUCAGUUCGAGCUAGUUAAGAUCGAACGAUUUAGAACUGGAUAUCUUGAAUUACCGCUAUUACAAUCAAUGCUUCAUUCCCUCCAAACGCCCCUCCAGAUGAAAACGUUGAUAUUUCGAGCCUAUACGGUACUCCCAGCACUAAGUUUGGUUUUAACACUCAUCAUCUUGUAAUGUCAUCAAAUCAUCAAGUUGAGAAGCUUUUGUGUAAAUGAGGCCUGGGGAAUGGGAUAUAGUCGAAUAUUUUUCUUAUUUUGACUCAAGAAGAAAAUUAAAUUUAAUUAUACGUGCCCUGUCUGUAUAACCUGUGUAAAAAUAAACAUCAUGUAAAUGCUGCGCAUCGAAUAUCAUAAAUAUAUUUGAUCAAACAUUUUGUAUAUACAGAAAUAUGAUGAACUGUGUGACUAUAUUCAACUGUAUACAGGCUUAUAUGCUUGGGUGUUUCAUGAUUUCCCUCUUAUAAGGAAAUUUAUUAGUUCCAAUGAUUUUGCAUAGUUGCCCUAUAAAAUCCGUGCUUCAAAAAUAAUUUUACAACAGAAAAAGGUGAAAAUGUCAAUAAUUUGAUUGAGAUUUCGGUUUGAUUUUUCGGCAUAUUCUUAUUAACCGCUUGGCAUCUACCAAUGGUUUAUAAUACUAGAUUUUCGUUGUGUACACUAAUUAAUGAAGUAAAACAUCAAAAAGGAAAUUAUGAAACACCGAAAGCAAAUUGAAGUUUACAUUUUAGGUAGAUAUUGCAUUAUUUGAUGAAUUUUUAUCUAGAGCCAAUACGCUCCAUUUACUAUCGUAUUUACGCAUUCUCAUCUAGCUGAAAAUUCAGCAAUGAGAUUAUUUCCAGCUAAAAUUUAAAUUCAAAUUUGCAAAUGGUUACGAAGAAAUUUAUUUUCGCCUUCAAAAACAUUCUAGGCAUAAUAAAUGUAAUUCCAGAAGCACAAAAGUAUUAUUGACUCAGUUUAAGCUAAUAAAAAUCAUUCUAACAUUUCUAUUGGUAUACAAAACGUUUUCAUGAAAAAAAACAUGGGCAAAAAUGUGCCAAUGAAUGAAUUCUUCGGAAUUGAAUAUUUUUUCACUCAAUGCAAGGUUUGGAUCUCCAAUCCACCACAACAUGAAAUAAUGUUCAAUUUGGAAAAAUACAUCCAGUAGCACGUUUUUGCACAGAUCUGAUUAUGGGCAGAAAGAAAGAGGGGAAGACGAACACGAAAAAUUACUUUUCGCUGAAAAGAAGUUCACAAAAAACGAAUCCUGUUUUAUCUAAAUUUUAUUGAAAAAAUAUGUAAGGGCACAAAGUACUCGUUACUAGUAUUCAAUAAAAAAAAGGUCAGAAAUAUUAUAUGUAUGUGGAAAACUUCGCCAAUAUUGCAGGAAAGAGCUACGAAAAUCGACCUGAUUAAUUCGUAAUAGCCUGUCUUACUUGUAACAGACUGUGCUCUUUUGCUUCUCUGACUCCAAUAUUACAUUCGUGAGCUUAGCUUCUCUUUCGAUUUCCGAACCAUCAUAUGUUUAUGAAAUUUAAAAAAAUCCGUACAAAUCUCUCUACCAUCAUUUUCUCAAGUCAAAGGAGUAAGAAUGUGUAUGGGUAUUUUCCAUGCAGGGACAUUUUGCUGGGAUUAGAAUUUGGGAAAUGGUCAAAAUUCUAUAUAUGACGAAGAGGUUAUCACAUAAAUGAUUUUAAGGCUCAUACGUGGUUAGGAGCUGGUUAGAAAGAUCUAGAAGUCAGCUAGAGUAAACUCUAGCACACAUGUAUCGAUGAUUCCAUACCAAAUCAGUUUCGAAUUGGAUCGACCUCCAUAGGCUGAACAUUUGCAAACUUGGAAACUGGUGAAAGGUGGAAAGAUGAAAUCCACAAUCUUGGGGUCACUUUUGGCACUCAAUAAUGACAUUUUUGCAACUGCAAUCCAGGGCUCAAAAAGCGCACAUUCAGUUCGCAGUACAACUCAUUUGAAUGAUAGCCACAGCUUUCGUGUGCGAUGUUUUUUUCAUACAAACUGAGUUGUGUGCGCACACCGCUCACUUGUUUCUCCAUUGCUUUGUGGGGAUCUUCGUUCGGUCGGAAAAAAUGUAGUAGGCUCUACAUAGCCGAAAUACAAGCAAAAACAUGUUUUUUUUAAUCUGCGUGUCUGCUGUGAGUUUUUGAGCGCACAUUGAAUGAACAGUGAUAAACUCAUUUUUAUUUGAACAUUUGUGAACUGUUCGUCGUCCGUUCGUGUGCGUGUAGCGCGCAUGACAUUGUAAUGCAUUGCGCUACUCACAGGGUUCACUCUGUGCGAUUCUUAAGCCCUGCUGGAAUCUAUGUGAAAAGUGGUAAACACAUUGGCAAGCCCAUGACACCGUUAAAUCAAAAUCACGAUGUAUGCGAAAUGCAUCAAAUGGAGUGCCAUCUGUGUCAUGCUGCUUUUGUUCGUGUAAAUCCAAAUUCAUUCAAUUUGAAUACUCAAAAAACGUUCAAAAAUUCAAAACCAUUAGCUCAUAUAAUAUUGGAUUUAAUCCAAGUUGAAAACUCUUACUGGAACUGAUUUGGUGUGGAAUCGUGGAUUUGUACAACAAACGAGUAUCCAAUUCCGUGUACAUAUGCAUAAAUGCAUGGGUGCUUGCCAACUUCCAAGCCAUUGAGAAUUUUUCAAGGAAAACAAUUUUCCAUUCAAAUCGAGCGUUUUUCCUCUCAUAUCGAGCACUGAUAUUAGCAAAAUUAAAAACGUAUAGAUUUUGCACCAAAAUCUACUUAAUAUGUUUACAUCAAAAAAUAGUAAUUAAAAAAAUGUUCAAAAGUCAAAUAUGUAUGUACUAUUAUCGUUUACUUUACUGACAUACAUUGUCGAUCUUUACCAAUAAGAAAACGUUAUUGAUACACUGGAAUGAUUGAAUACCAUUGUGUGUAUGAGAAUAUAUUCGAUCUGAAGUAGAAAUUCAACUUAAUUUAAAAACAAAAUGAAAAUAUUGAUAGCUAUGAAAAUUUAAUUUAGAUUGGAAGAGAAAAAGUGGAGUUUGAUCAGAAAAAAACAAACAACUUGGAUAUUCUCAAUCACGAUCUCCACAGGACUGAAUUGUAACCAAUUCAUCAAAUCGAAAAAAAUUUAGGGAAUAUUUUUUCGUUCUAUCUGCAGAAAUGAAAGUCGGCUUAUCUGCCAAUCAGCUGUCAAGGUUUUAUCCCAGAAUAACAGUUGAUGGUAUUACAAUCGUUUCAAAGACACAUUAUAUCAGUUUCAUUCCUUUAAUUGUUAUAUGAGGUGACCAAUUCAACAGAAUGGUUUUAAUUAUAACUAAUGAAAAAUAUGAGACAGUAUCAUUGAUACUUCAUCCACCUUCAACUGCUAUCAAACCCAUGGUUAUAGUCCACAAAGGAUAUUUUUUUGAACUGUAAGCCAUUUAGAGCAAAAAUGUUUAACUUUUAUAGAUUUUUUUUUUUCGCUUCUAUUAAUUUUCAGAUCGUUUCAAGUAACUUUUUUUCAAAUAUUUAUUGUCUUAUAUCUUCAUUUAAGUAUGUAAUAUAAGUUGAAGCAUAUCCUGAGAAUCAUUCCUUCUAAAGUGAAUAUUGUACAGUAAAAACAAGUGAGAUCCAUUCCGUAUAAAGAAAAUAAUAUGAAAGGAUGAGUUCGAAUAAUUCUCAAUAAGUAUAAGUUUCUUCAUUUUUCCCAAUUUGUGGCGAUUCAUUUUUCAAUAAAUCUGAACAGAACAAACUUUCUCGAGCUUUGGCUUUGUAUAUUACAAUUUGGUUCAAUUAAGUUAAGCAUUAUAUUGUAUAUUUUUCUUUGAAGUAAUUAUUUCCAAGAAUAUGUAUGUAUACAAAUGCAUUGAACAAAAAAUACCGAAGAUUUGAAGCUACAAAAAUAAAUUGUAUAUUUUUACUCUUUGCUAUAUCCUUAUAAAAUAUACGAACACAUAAUGAUCAGUA